UUCCUCUCAUCCUCCAGGGCAUCGUCGCUCUGCUCCACCAGCCCCAGCGGCCGUUACUCCCCCCUUGCCGGCGCCACCAUGGGGACAUUACUAGCUAUAGUGCUGGUACUGGUAGUUCUGUGCCUGGCCGUCCCCGCGUCCACCGUGGCCACCGGCAGCUGCAACGAUCUCACCGCCGGGUUCGUGAAGGUGCAGCUCCCGGAGAGCGACUUCGUCGUGCAGAGCCCCUACGACUUGCCAGUGGAGCAGCGCUACCGCUACGACGCCUGCACCGGCGUGCGCACCUUCUGGGUUUACGCCGGCGACAAGCCCUUCAACAACGCCACCACCACCAACCCCCGAACCGAAGUCAGGCUCCGAGGCCAUGACUACUCUUCCGGGGUGUGGCAGUUCGAGGGCUACUGCUACGUGCCGUCGGGUACCUCGGGCGCGUCGGUGAUGCAGAUCCACAACGAGAACGCCGGCGCGGCGCACGCCACGACGCUGAUGCUGCACGUGUACAACGGCACGCUGCGGCACUACAGCGGGGAGGCCGUGGAGGACUGCAUCUACGACCGGUGGUUCCGGCUCAACGUCGUGCACGACGUCGGCGCGUCGACGGUGGCCGUGUACGUCGACGGCGGCGCGCCGAGGCUGGCCGUGGCCGUGGCGCCGAGCGCGUCGCACUACUUCAAGUUCGGGGUGUACGUGCAGCACCACGACGUGUCGCCGCGCGUGGAGUCGCGCUGGAGGAACGUCACCGUCUACACCAAGCCCUACUGAUAACACGCCAGAUAUGGUUACUCGUGGAUCUUCUUCCACACUCGAUGGCUUUCAUGUUUGCCGGCUUCGUCUUUUGGCAAACUUGGAAGGAUGCUGAAGCUGUAAAAUGCAUGCUUCCCUUCCCUCGACCUCAAGCACCUACUUGGGGUCAACGAAAGCCCACCGGAUCAAAACACAGAGAGAGGAAAGUGCCCGUGCAUGCCCAAGAGAAAGUAGAUGAUGCAGGCGUAUGUGUUUGUGUUAAAUUGUGUGUGAUGCUAAAAAAAAGUUAAACUGUGUGUGCAUGCCGUAGUGGAUGGCACGAAUGAACUUAUAUAUUUGGAAUAUUCAGAAAACUAAUAUAGCUUCCUCUG